GCGCUCUAGUCCUGGCAAUGGAGCGGCCGGCGCCCGGCGAGGUGCUCAUGAGCCAGGCCAUCCAGCCGGCGCACGCCACUGCCCGCGGCGAGCUGAGCGCCGGGCAGCUGCUCAAGUGGAUCGACACCACCGCCUGCCUGGCGGCUGAGAAACAUGCUGGAGUUUCCUGUGUUACAGCCUCAGUGGAUGACAUACAGUUUGAGGAGACAGCUAGAGUUGGACAAGUUAUAACCAUCAAAGCAAAAGUUACUAGAGCAUUCAGCACAAGCAUGGAGAUCUGUAUCAAGGUCAUGGUACAGGAUAUGCUCACUGGCAUUGAGAAGCUUGUGAGUGUGGCUUUCUCCACAUUUGUAGCCAAACCAGUUGGAAAAGAAAAGAUUCAUUUAAAACCAGUCACACUUCUAACUGAACAAGAUCAUGUGGAACAUAAUCUGGCUGCUGAGAGAAGGAAAGUUCGAUUACAACAUGAAGAUACCUUUAACAAUUUAAUGAAGGAAAGUAGCAAGUUUGAUGAUCUCAUUUUUGAUGAAGAGGAAGGAGCGGUUUCCACAAGGGGCACCUCCGUUCAGAGCAUUGAACUGGUCCUCCCACCCCAUGCAAACCAUCACGGAAAUACAUUUGGUGGCCAGAUUAUGGCUUGGAUGGAGACAGUGGCUACUAUUUCUGCAAGCCGCCUGUGUUGCGCACAUCCCUUUCUGAAGUCUGUAGAUAUGUUUAAGUUCCGGGGACCAUCUACAGUUGGAGAUCGUCUUGUCUUCGCUGCCAUUGUCAACAAUACAUUUCAGACCUGUGUUGAAGUUGGAGUUCGCGUGGAGGCCUUUGACUGUCAGGAAUGGGCGGAGGGCCGAGGGCGUCACAUCAACAGUGCUUUUCUCAUUUACAAUGCUGCUGAUGAUAAGGAAAAUCUCAUCACGUUUCCCAGAGUCCAACCCAUUUCAAAGGAUGAUUUUAGACGCUAUCGGGGAGCUAUUGCACGCAAGAGAAUUCGCCUAGGCAGGAAAUAUGUUAUUUCCCACAAAGAAGAGGUUCCACUUUGCAUACACUGGGAUAUCAGCAAGCAGGCAUCCCUGAGUGACAGCAAUGUGGAGGCCCUCAAAAAACUGGCAGCCAAAAGGGGUUGGGAGGUUACCAGCACUGUGGAAAAGAUAAAAAUAUAUACUCUGGAAGAGCAUGAUGUUUUAUCUGUUUGGGUUGAAAAGCACGUGGGAAGUCCAGCACAUUUGGCCUAUCGUCUCUUGUCUGACUUUACAAAGCGACCUUUGUGGGACCCCCAUUGUGUGUCCUGUGAAGUCAUAGACUGGGUGAGUGAAGAUGAUCAGCUGUAUCACAUCACCUGUCCUAUACUGAAUGAUGACAAACCCAAAGACUUGGUAGUACUCGUAUCACGAAGAAAACCUCUCAAAGAUGGUAACACUUACACAGUGGCGGUGAAGUCGGUCAUUUUGCCAUCGGUCCCCCCGUCUCCACAGUACAUCAGAAGUGAAAUCAUAUGUGCCGGAUUUCUCAUCCAUGCUAUUGACAGCAAUUCAUGCAUUGUAUCUUACUUUAACCAUAUGUCUGCUAGCAUCCUUCCUUACUUUGCUGGAAAUCUUGGUGGCUGGUCGAAAUCCAUUGAAGAAACAGCAGCCUCUUGUAUACAGUUCUUAGAGAAUCCUCCUGAUGAUGGGUUUAUAAGCACAUUUUAAAUGGUCAACUUUCAAUUACUGGUAAUUUAAUUUCCCACUUUUAAUUCCAAGCACCCUCAGCCCUGAUAUCUGUCAAGCUUUGGGGCCACAAAAUAAUUUAAUAUAAGCCUAAGCAAAAUGCAGUGAAGAAGUUAAAAAACAAAAUGCAUCUUAAGUCAAAUACCAGUGAUUUGGAUUAGCCUUAAAAGAGCUUUAGAAUUCUGUUUUAAGUCAUCUGUGGCUCUGCCUCUUCCAGGGGCACAGAUAGUGGAAAAUUGCCUGUAUGCAAUACUAUGUGUUCUAUAAAAUGGCAUGAAUUUAGUUUAAAUUAUCAUAAACAUUUUUAGGUUACAGAGGUGAAACGUGAGUUCUGUGUGAAAUUCCAAAAAAAAAUUAUAAAAUCUAAAAUGAUGAUUUGCUAA